GGCGCAUGCCGAGACGGAAGAGGCGCGGGCCGGGAAAGCAGUGGGCCGCGGGCGCGGCUGCUCCGUCCCCAUGGCGCUGUGGCGCGGCUCUGCGUACGCCGGCUUCCUGGCGCUGGCGGUGGGCUGCGUCCUCCUGCUGGAGCCGCAGCUGCCCGGCUCGGCGCUGCGCUCGCUGUGGAGCUCGCUGCAGCUGGCGCCCGCGCCCCCGGGACCCGGCUCCCCUGAGGGCCGCUUGGCGGCCGCCUGGGACGCGCUCAUCGUCCGGCCGGCCCGGCGUUGGCGCCGCGUGGCCGUGGGAGUCAAUGCCUGUGUGGAUGUAGUGCUCUCAGGGGUGAAGCUCUUGCAGGCGCUUGGCCUGAAUCCUGGGAAUGGGAAGGAUCACAGCAUUCUGCAUUCGCGGACUGAUCUGGAGGAAGCCUUCGUUCACUUCAUGGGGAAGGGAGCUGCAGCCGAGCGCUUCUUCAGCGAUAAGGAAGCUUUCCAGGACAUUGCCCAGAUGGCAUCCGAGCUCCCAGGAGCCCAGCACUAUGUAGGAGGAAAUGCAGCUUUAAUUGGACAGAAAUUUGCAGCCAACUCAGAGUUAAAGGUGCUUCUUUGUGGCCCAGUUGGUCCAAAGCUGCAUGAACUUCUUGAUGAUAAUGUAUUUGUUCCACCAGAGUCGUUGCAGGAAAUGGAUGAGUUCCACCUUAUUUUGGAAUAUCAAGCAGGGGAGGAGUGGGGCCGGUUAAAAGCUCCCCAUGCCAACCGAUUCAUCUUCUCCCACGACCUCUCCAACGGGGCCAUGAAUAUGCUGGAAGUGUUUGUGUCUAGCCUGGAGGAGUUUCAGCCAGACCUGGUGGUCCUCUCUGGAUUGCACAUGAUGGAGGGACAAAGCAAGGAGCUCCAGAGGAAGAGGCUCUUGGAGGUCGUGACCUCCAUUUCUGACAUCCCCACUGGUGUUCCGGUUCACCUGGAGCUGGCCAGUAUGACCAACAGGGAGCUCAUGAGGAGCAUCGUGCAUCAGCAGGUCUUUCCUGCGGUGACUUCCCUGGGGCUGAACGAACAGGAGCUGUUGUUCCUCAGCCAGGCGGCGUCUGGACCUCACUCCUCUCUCUCUUCUUGGAACGGCGUCCCCGACGUGGGCAUGGUCAGUGACAUCCUCUUCUGGAUCUUGAAGGAACACGGGAGGAGUAAAGGCAGAGCCUCAGACCUCACCAGGAUCCAUUUCCACACGCUGGUCUACCACAUUCUGGCAACCAUAGACGGACACUGGGCCAACCAGCUGGCGGCCGUGGCGGCGGGAGCACGUGUGGCUGGGACACAGGCCUGCGCGACAGAAGCCAUAGACGCCAGCCGAGUGUCCCUGCGGGCACCCCCCGAGUUCAUGACUUCCCGUUCGGAGGCGGGCGCCAGGAUCGUAAUAAACCCCAACGAGCCAGUAGCAGAGUGGCACAGGGAGGGAAUUUCCUUCCACUUCACCCCAGUACUGGUGUGUAAGGAUCCCAUUCGAACGGUGGGCCUCGGAGAUGCCAUUUCUGCCGAAGGCCUCUUCUAUUCAGAAGCCCGCCCUCACUCCUAGGAAGGUGGCUGUGGGUGGUUUUUCUGGAGGAGAGCUACUCGAUUUAAGAGUUACAGGAAAAAUAGGAGGAGGGCUGUCCAAACAGUUUCUAGAUCUAAUUGAAAGAUAGCCAAAGAAACAACAGAUUCAACUGUAUCAGAUACAUUCCAGCCUGUUGACAAUUACACAGAAACAUUUCAGGUUUUAAUCAGACUUCAGCUAUCUACUAACGAGACUGGAUUUUUUUUUUUUUUUUUAUGUUGUGCGUUAGAGGGGUAAAACUUGAUCCUCGUAUCCCCAUCUUACGCAGCGUUGUCAAGUACUUCAGGCCCCCGUGGCUCUGGAGAGCAUGUCAGCUGGAGAAAGCCCUGCCCCUUUGCCAGGUGCAGAGGCGCAUGCUCACUCACCCGUCCUCCCCAUCUUCCGCGAGGCCCAGCGUGAGCGUCUUGUGUUCCCUCUCUGCUCUGCGCUCAUAGGCAGGACCGUGAUGUCCAUUCAGUGUUACAGUGAAAAUAUUUCGUGAGCACACCUGAGUCUUCUGCUCUCAAACUUAAGACAGAGCCACACGUAAGGACAACACCGUCGCUUUGUGCUCCGCUGUCGCAGCAGAGGCCGGGAGCCUGGCUCGCCUACGGGGCGGCCUCGGGGGCCUCUGGGCUCCGCCCUCCUGCCCCAGCUCCCCAGGUGGUCAGUGGCUGGUCAGAGGCUGCCUCAUCCCCCGGCCCUGGACGUGCUUUCCACAGUGGAAGACUGAUCUUUGUUCGUUCUGAUCCUUGAAGGAAUUUGCUUUUACAACUGGAAUAUGCUUCUAUAUGUGUAACCGGUCAUGUUUGUUUGAUGUUGACCCACCACAUCCAUUAAAAAGUUUUACCUCA